AGAUUGGAGCCUCACCACGUAUUCUCCACCAUAGUAAACCAUGAGAACCGCUACCACUAAAAGAAUCAGUUAUAGAGACAAGGUCGAGCCCCCUGCGAACUGUGUCUCUAAUGUAUGCUACAGGGAAGAGGAGUCAUGUCCUGAGAAUAGUAAGUUUGACUCUAAUAUUAGAGAAUAUGAAGAGACCAUCUUAACCCCACUUGGGAGGAUGAUAUCAGAAGUCCCCAAACUGAAGACCAGGAAUGUACUACUUAACAUAGGAACUUGGAAUGUUAGAACACUGUAUGAACUAGGAAAACUUGAUAAUCUCAUUCAAGAAAUAAAGUCAAUGAGGCUAGAUGUUAUGGGUAUUUGUGAAACAAGAUGGACAGGCACAGGAAUGAUUUACAAGAAUGAAUAUACAAUGAUGUACUCAGGAGUAGAGACACAUGUAAAUGGAGUAGCCAUCAUUAUGAAGAAUAGUAUAGCAAGAUCAAUAAAAGGCUUCACUGCAGUCAAUGAUAGAAUCAUUGCAGUAAAGAUAGCUGCUCAACCUUUAGACAUUCUCCUAAUCCAGGUUUAUGCUCCCACAGCUGGACAUGAGGAAGAAGAUGUUGAGAUAUUCUACGAAAAUCUGAAGGAAUCGGUGGAAAUGGCAAAAUCAAAUGAUAUAAUCAUAGUUAUGGGCGAUUUUAACGCAAAAGUGGGCAAUGAGAAGAUAUCGGAAUGCAUGGGUCAAUAUGGACUUGGUAAGAGAAAUAAAAGAGGAGAUAGACUCAUUCAGUUUUGUGAGGAAAAUAAGUUGAUAAUCACCAACACCCUGUUUAAACAUCCAGCAAGAAGAGUGUAUACAUGGAAAAGUCCAGGGGACAUAUGCAGGAAUCAAAUAGACUUCAUUUUGAUUAAGGAAAGAUUCAGAAUUAUAAAACAAGCCAAAUCAUAUCUUGGAGCAGAUAUUAAUUCCGACCAUAAUCCAGUUGUAGUGAAAGCAAAAAUUAAACUAAAAACCUGUAAGCAAAAGUCAGUAUCAAAAAGUUAA